AUGCUCUUCAAAAGUCGCUGUUUGCACAGUUGGGGCGUUGGCGGCCCUACAGCGAAGCUUGCCGGCUACGCGACGAUGCUAGCCGCAAUGCCGCCCACCAAGAAGCAAAUCGGUGGCGCUUCUUCAGCAGAUCCAUCGUCUUUGCCGUCUUCGUCGCCGGCUGAACAGCGCCCAGGCAUCAUCCCACGUGACAUUCGAACCCUCUCCGCACGCGCCUACUUUCAGCAUCCCCUCAUCGGUCUCGGCGUGCACCACUUCGCCGAGGGCCGCGUGAAGCAGCAGCUGUCCUACGACGAGUACGUGGUGGAGAUGGAGGAGGUGCACCUCUCCCCCAUCGUCGAGGUCAGCGCUCGCGUGUACGUGCGGGUCGGCCGCACGCAGACCAACACCGGUCGUGUGGUGGGCGGCAUCGUCGGCCGCGUGAACAGCAACGGCACCUUGGGCGUCUUGAUGGACAACAACACCUUUGAAGCACAAGUUUCGCAGGACAACGUGGAGCUGGUCGAAGGCCGCUCCCGCUUCACUCUCGAGAAGGAGUACUUUGAUAUGGUAGAGUGGGUGCGAGAUGCCGGCGUCCGCCGCCGCGGUGAUCGAGAGCGGCUGUGCUCCUUGCUGUAUCAGCGUGGGUGGCGCGUGGAGAAGCUGUACAUGCUAGAGGCGAGCGAUGUGCAUUGCAUGUCGUACAUAAAGAAGUCGGUGCGGAUGAAGCUGCUGGAGAAGGUGGAGUGGCAGCGCGAGCACCACGCGGAGAUGCGCGCGUUACUGCGCGAGCGAGUAAAGGAGCGGACGUGGCGCUACUUUAUUCAGAAGUACAGCGGCUUUGUCAGCGCGAACUGGGCAGGGCUGGGCGUCAUGUCGGUGUUUCUCUGGUUCUUCAAGAACUACCACCGGCAGCAGCGCGAGUUCCAGGUGAAGCACGCCGUCAACACGCUCACCCACACCGAUCACAAGUACUCCGGCAGCCCAGCCGAGCCGCAGCAGUUUGUGGAGCGGUCGACCGAGGAGAGCUGGGCGCGGCAGGUGCUGCGGCAGAUGGACAUCACACACCCUCGCAUCGCCGUUCUGACCGGGUUUCGUGGCUGCGGCAAGAGCUCGCUGCUGCGGUCUGCGGUGCGGAAGGAGCACAAGCCUGCCCUCUUCGUCGAGGUCCGAGGCAGUGAGGACACGUUGAGCUGCAUUGUGAAGGCUUUAAAGGUGCCCAACCUGGACUCCUGCGGCGACUACUUGGAGUUCAUUACGGACACCUUCACGAAGGCGACGAAGAUCAACGGUGAGCCGCCGAUCCUCGUCGUGACGCUGCGCGAGGGCAGCGAGCUCUCACGGGUGUACAACGAGUCCGUCGUACUAGCCUGUGACCGGCGACUGUGCCACCUCGUGUACGAGGUUGCGGUGGAGUCUCUGACGGUGCAAAACAUUUCACUGCCGCGCGUGGACUUCUACUCCGUGCCGAACUUCAACGUGCGGCAGGCCUUCCAGUACAUCGAGCACACGGUAGACCCGCUGUCCAUGCUACACUUUAUCGAGGUGAUGGGCACCAACAGCAACGUGAUUGAUGGUCUGUUGGCCGCCGUACUCCACCGCAAGGUGUCUAUCGUGGAGUACACGAACCAGAAGCUGCAGAAGGCAAUGCGGCAGGUGGAGGCGGCGUGCGGCAACGCGGAGACGCUCUGGGCCGCCCUGAAGAAGUUGGCAGAGGCGGAGUACUACGUCGGCCAGCAAAGCGGCGCCAACGUGUUGCGCGAUCCGGCGCUGCGCGACAUCGUGCUCUACGACCCGGUGCGCGAUCGAUGGAUCUUUCGGCACAAAGUCUUUCACACGGCGGUGCGGUGCAGUCUGUAG